AUGAAGUCGCAAAGCUUUGCGCUGGUCGGACUCUUUCUCUCGUCUGUCCUUGCCUCUCCUGCUGUCUCCAAGAAUGACCAGCCAAUCAACGGUCAGGGCAAAGGAGCUCCUAUCCUAGGCGGAACCAAUAAAGCCCUGGAUCUUCAGAACCCUGACCACCUCCGUACCCCGAGCACUGACAAUGGCUUUGUUCCCAACGUCAAAUGGAGUUUUUCUGAUUCCCAGACAAGACUUUUUCCAGGUGGCUGGUCUAGAGAACAGGUCAUUCAGGACCUCCCUCAAAGCCAUGACAUUUCUGGGGCCCAGCAGCAUCUGAAGAAGGGUGCUAUUCGGGAGCUGCACUGGCAUAGAGUGGCAGAAUGGGGGUUUGUCUACAACGGAUCUCUUCUCCUCACUGGCGUUGACGAGAACGGUGCUUUCACCACCGAGAAGCUCAACACCGGGGAUAUCUGGUACUUCCCCAAGGGCGUUGCUCAUAACGUCCAAGGCUUGGAAGAUGAGAACGAAUACCUUCUUGCUUUCGAUGAUGGUGACUUUGAGAAGAUUGGAACCACCUUCAUGGUCGACGAUUGGAUUGCCCAUACCCCCAGAGACAUCCUCGCGAAGAACUUCGGCGUCGACCCCUCCGUCUUUGACAAGACUCCGUCAAAGUUCCCUUAUAUCCUCAACGGCACUGUCAGUGAGGACCUCAAGAAGGAACCAGUGGGCACUUUGAAGGGCAACAGCUCAUAUGUCUACCACACAUAUGAUCACCCCUCUGAGCCUGUCCCUGGACAGGGUGGUAGUCUCCGGAAGAUCGACUCUACGAACUUCCCUAUCUCGACUACAAUUGCUGCUGCUCUCGUGGAGCUUGAGCCUAAGGGUCUUCGCGAGCUUCACUGGCAUCCUAAUGCCGAGGAAUGGCUGUACUUCCACCAAGGAAACGCCCGCGCCACUGUUUUCAUUGGUGACUCCAAAGCCCGCACCUUCGACUUCACCGCUGGUGACACUGGAGUCUUCCCCGAUAACAGUGGUCACUAUAUCGAGAACACAUCUGACACAGAGAAGGUGGUUUAUCUCGAACUCUACAAGAGCGACCGCGUAGCCGAUAUCUCGUUGGCGCAGUGGCUCGCCCUUACCCCUGCUGACACCGUGGCCAAUGUCCUGAAGGUAGACAUCGAGGUUGUCAAGCAGAUUAAGAAGGAAAAGCAGUCUAUUAUCAGGGGUUAA